UUGUCCUAACGAGAGGUACCUUCCCACCCUCGGGCCCGCCGGCGACGCCUGGGAUGCCUCCUGCGGGUAGUUUGGGUUUGAGCGGACCUGUCCCCCGGGAGGGGCGCGGAUGGAGGGAGGUUUCCCCGAGCGUCUCAUCGGAAUCCCGCAGACAGCGCCGCGGGUCCCCUGGGACCCGGGGUUGACUCUGCGCCUUCAUUCGUCCGGGGAGCCACUCUUUUCUCUGCUCAGCAGGUCGCUGCUGUCUUGCCCUUGGGGGUAGGAUGUGGUGAGAGAAUGGGGCUGCUCCCUCCCGGGGGUCACCAUGGCCAGAGAAGACUCCGUCAGGUGCCUGCGCUGUCUGCUCUACGCCCUCAACCUGCUCUUUUGGUUAAUGUCCAUCAGCGUUUUGGCAGUUUCUGCUUGGAUGAGGGACUACCUGAAUAAUGUUCUGACUUUAACUGCAGAAACAAGGGUAGAGGAGGCCGUCAUCUUGACUUACUUUCCCGUGGUUCAUCCGGUCAUGAUUGCGGUUUGCUGUUUCCUCAUCAUCGUGGGGAUGCUAGGAUACUGCGGAACGGUGAAGAGAAAUCUGUUGCUUCUUGCCUGGGUAUGGUGUUUCUGUCUUCUCUUUAUUGUGGUUAAAAAGACCAACCAGUAGCGGACUAUUUUUUCAUCAGUGCCCAAGACUCUGUACUUAGGGAGCUAUGACAGCAGUGCUCUUACCGGGGUAAUUGUUCCACAGCCUGUGAGGAGGGGAGCCUUUUCCAGGAGAGAUGACUUGAACCCAAGUCUUUGCUUUACUCAAACGAUGCGGAAUGGAAAUAUGUGCUCUACUUAAUUGUUUCACUCAGGCUAUGUGCCGCCCUUUUCAUUCAAAAGUAUGAGUUUUCUCAAGAGUCGUGGACCUUAUGACCACUCUGACAGGUCCCUGAGACGUCAGAAUGGAAUGCGCUUUCUUUCUCUCUUCUUUUAAAAACCGAUCUGCCAUAUAAGCUCCUACGGAAGUUCAGGUGGUCAGGUAGCGGACAGACAUUACCGUCCUGGCACUGCCUUUACAUGAGUUAGCACAUGUAAGUGAGUCUCAGUGUCUAUGAUCUUAGUGGUUUUUUAUUUUUAAAUCUGAAAGUCUUUUCUAGAUUAUUUCUUUAAGUCCCUUCAGCACUCAAAGUCUAUGAUCCCAAAA